AUGACGUGGAUUGGGAUCUAUAUUGCAUUCGCAUCUCUGCUGUGCAUCCUUGCAAUGGCGGCUGAUUUAAUACAUGGUCUGCGGCACCGGAAGCUAUGGUUUCCGUGUAAAUAUUUCACUCUGAAUGCUGCUUCUCUCACUGUGAUAACCGUUGCAAUUAAGCGUGAUGGCGAAUUUAUUGCCUUCUCUAGCAACCAUGAACAACAAGGAACUUAUGGUAAACGUCAUAGCUUUGGGUGUUUUGGUAAUCACCUUGGUUGUAAAUGUUUGCAUUCAAAUAAACACCGGAGCUUACUCCUACCGUGUAUAUAUGAGGUUCCGAAGGUUGUUUCCCCAAGCUAUUCACCUAGUGAAACAGGAGACUAUGUCUUCAGAGCAAUCAUUAUUGUGGCUGUGUUACUCAUGUUGUUGGUAUUAUACGCAUGUACCUCUUUAGCAAUUCUAAAGUCGAAACAGAUUUUAGAAUCAAAAUACCAAUCAGUUUUAAAGAAAGAAAACCUGCAACCAGGAGGAAGAUUAACUGUUGAGAAGCUAAAGGAAUAUGUGAGAAAAUACUCGAUCAUGGCAGAAACUGGAAGCCCCCAGUUCAUGACAGCUUGUUCUGCUACAACCACUGCUUCUGGGGUAUUAUGUGCUUUAAGCAGUGUAAUAUGCCACCGAAAUUCACAUCGCAGACCAGAUCAAAACAUAGUUGAUUUAGAUUACAAGUGGUCAAUACUGGCGAUUCUUAUAAUACAAUAUAUUGGAGUCUGGUUGGGUGCUAUUGCUCCAAUUUCUAGAUGUUUUGCAGCCUUGAGAUUUAAGCUGUCCGUAAAAUGGAUUUGCAACCAUUUCAAGGUCUUUAAAGUUGAGAGCUACUGGAUUCAGAAGUUAUCCGAUUGGAAACACACUAGCAUACCAUUCUCAUCUCGUAGGCGCAAAUGCAAGAUUCUCAUACAGAUUUUGAAAAGCCUAAUUCUCUGCAUUUGUAUAGGAUUUCAGAUGAUAGUCGUGGUAGCAUACAAGAUGAUCACGGUGAUACCAGUUUUCGUGGUAAUAUGUGUACUGUAUUUUUUCAGGUGUUGGAAGCGGUUAAAGACCAUUUUUAGGAUCGUGUUAGGUCAUGUGUGUGUUUUAAAACAUGAGCAACUACGAGAAGAUAUAGAUCUUAACCGAUAUGUUUUGCAACUUCAAGACGAAAUGGAAUUUCCCGAGAGAACACUGAAACGCAUUUCAAAGUCUGUGAAACGUUUGAUCAAAAAGGCUGAAAAACAUCAACCAAAGAAUCUUAUGAACCUUCUACUGGAAUCUCUAGUGGAAUCUCGAGGUUUUGAAGGAGUUGGAAAGUUUGACAGCCAUCAAGUUCCAGCUUUACUUUCAGAAAAAUAUCUCAAUUGUUGGAGCUUGCCAUUGGUAACUCUAACAACCAUUGCUAUGUCUCUUCCUAACAUGCAACAGAACAUAGUUGAUGUUGGUUGGUGGAGAAAAUUGGUGGAGGCCAAAUUAGUGGAUGGUGAUAAUUGCUAG